CACACAUUGUAACAUUGUAACAGUGUACAUCGUUAUUCGUUGGUAAUAAUAAAUAUUUAACCUUAGUGCGUUUGACUGGUGCUCAUCGUUCCGUGCAGUAGACUUCACUCGCCGCAUCGAAAGUUUCGUGGCUAUUCAGCAGGUGGGCUAAACCAUCAUAAGUUGUGCAGAAGACCACCCGCCCGACAUGACAACGGCUGACAAACGCAGUGUUGGUGCGCGUGCGGCAGUGCAACCGUCGUCGUCGUCGGCCGGGCCUCUGUCGGACGCAGGCUGCAGCGAGUCUGCGGCUGAAAUGAGUCGCAAGUACCAAACGGCAUUCCAAUCGUUCUCCAUCGAAUCUUUGAUCGGCAGCGGCAGCGGCGGCGGCGGCGGUGAGACGUCUCCGCCCGUGGCCGACGCGAACAUUCCGCCGGCGCCGUAUUACGCGGACGCGGCCGCGAUGCAGCUGCAGCAACGGUCAGCGUUAGAACCGUCGUCGAUGUUGAACUUUGAUUAUUUGAACGUGUUACGGCUGCAGUCAGCCGCGCCCGCCGCGGCCGCCGUCGGCAAGUCAUCGGACCCGCGUCACUGUGGCCAUGAGGCGACGCGGUCGCGCGCCGGGGCGCCGCCGCCACAGCCGCCGCCGUUGUGUUACCACGAUUACCACGGCGGCAAUGUACGCGACGUCAGCGGACGUUCCGCCGCCGCCGCUUUCGGAUGCAACGCCGCCGCCACCGAAAACGACGCGGACUCGGGAAACGCCGGAAAUCGCGAAUCGUCAAACGCCUGCAGCACGUCGGCCGUCGCCGAUGGAGGCAACGAUGGCGGCGGAGGCUAUGACGACGACGACGACGACGACGAUAACGAUGACGAUGACGAAGACGAUGACAACGGCGGCGGCUGCGCGAGAGACAAUGGCCGGGACAUUGACGACGACGAGGACAACGAAGACGAUGUCGACGACGACUCGCGGUUCGGAAAAUGCCUAAAUGAUAAUGGAAUUCUACAAACAAAACAAAAUUCAAUGGCACAGUCUUCAAAUGAAAACAAGUCUCGUCGAAGAAGAACAGCAUUCACGAGUGGUCAACUUUUAGAAUUGGAGCGGGAAUUCCAAGCUAAAAAAUACCUAAGCCUAACUGAAAGAUCUGAAAUUGCAAACUCAUUAAAGCUAAGUGAAGUUCAGGUGAAGAUAUGGUUUCAAAACCGACGAGCGAAGUGGAAACGGGUCAAGGCUAACUUGUUAUCCGGAAAUGCAUGCGGAAACGAUGGCCAAAAGAGCAAUGCCAACGUGAACGCGAUGCGUGGCCGCUCGAAAUGUCCAAACGGCGUGGUCGGCGGCGGAGCGGGAAAAAUUGUCGUGCCUAUACCGGUACACGUCAAUCGGUUCGUAGUGCGGAGCCGACACCAACAGCUGGAGAAAUGUGCAUCAGGCUUUGCGCAUCUCCGGCGCGACAGUGACGCGGAAUUCAAAAUCAAAAGUCGACUGCAGUUGUACACGUCCGCCAUUCUGUAGUCAGAUCCGGACCGUAGCCAUCGAGAUCGACCUUUGUACAAAUAUAUUAAACUGCGUGUAAAAAAUAAGUUAUAGAUUAUGAAAAAGCGCAAACUUCGGAAAAAAAAAACACAAAAUAUUAAUAAUAAAUUCAAAUCUCGACAUAAGAACAUACACCUACCUAUACAUAUAAUGUUGUUAUAAGUUAUUUUGGGCAGUGUUAUUUGAGACGAGUUUAAAAUAGGUUAGAGCUUGAUGCUUUUUCCAAAUUUAGGCAUACUAUAUAAUUUAAGAAAUAUUGUAAGUAGACAUUUAUAAUCUACCUACCUUGCUAUUUUCAAUUUGUGUACAUAUUUUUAUAAUAGUUAACAAGAAAUUUACAAUUCUUAUGAAUAGAGAUUUUAACAGUUAACACACAAACACUCCGCACUCGUAUAGUAGUAUAGGUAAUUGCAUUACUCAUUUUAUGGUUAUAGUAUUCUAGCUAAUAUCAAAAGUUAAAUGUUACGACGUGUAUACUCCGAUAAAAAUAAAUUUUGAAAUAAGUUUUUGUUUCCUCACAACGUGUACAUUGGUCCUAUUAGUUCUAUACAGGAAUGACUGAAGCACAGUUUUUUUUGAAUAAAGAACUAUUAGUCUUGAACUCUUCGUACAAAGAAUUUCUACAUUAUUAAAAAUACCAAAGAGUUUGAGCUCAACGAAUUUAAUUUAUAUCAUAAUAUUGUCAUCACUUCGAAAGUUUGAAUCUCCGGAUAGA